CGCAUGGCUCAAGAGAUCAACAGAAGCUGUUGGAUGGACGACGCGUGCUUUGAAUUCAAUAAAGUUAAGAUGAGAAUAGAUCAUGGGUAUGAUUUAUGGUUCUGGUAUUUGGUAUUGGUAACCUGAGUUUGAUCCUCAGGGUUCUCUUAAUCCUCUACGGAGCAGUGCGAUGCUAAGUAUCGUGACUUUUGUCUAGAUAACAUGCACAACUACCCAACAUCUUCCUGGCUUACUAGAAAAAUUUUUAGGUCACUUUAUCGAUGUUCGUAGUUAAACGAGCUAGCUAAAGACCUCGCCAUCGGCUGCGAAAGUAGUCGGCUUCAUCCGCGCGGUCCUGUCUUGCGACUGAGUGGUGAGAUAACUUGUGGGCAAAAUCGGUGGUAGUAAAAAAGGGAAUAUAUAAGUACUGUUUAUUUUCCUGUGAUACAACUACCUAACAUCUUCCUGGCUUACUAGGUCACUUUAUUGUUAUUGAUAUCUUUGGAGUCUUCUAAGAUUUUUGGUUCUCCCGUGCAUUCUACUAGGGUAUCCGAACCGUCUAGAGCAUCCGCCAACAGCAGUCGAGAAAGCCUGAGGAGUGAGCAUGUCAGAAGCGAACCUUUGAAAGAGCAGACGAAAAGCAAGCCCCAAGUCUUCAACAUCGGCGAAGGUUCCGAUGAGGGUGACGGAGCUGGUGACUCUGAGGAACAUGUUGCUCAAGUAGAUCUUGUUCUAGAGCAGGGGAUGAAGAGAGAUUCAAGUGCACCACAUGGCACUGUUGAUGCUGAGGCAGAAUCGGAGGAAAGAACUGCUCAAGAAGAAUUUCAUAUCAGAGGUACGCCCGGAUUUGACCUUGAUGCUGAGUUCUUAGAUCAUAGGCCUCUCGAGGACCUACAGAACCCGAAGACUGAUGAUCAUGAUGUGGAAAAUCCGGAAGAACAUGAUCAAGGUGAACAUCAACAUCAAGCUAAUGCUAAAGCAGAACAAGUACUAGAAAAGAGGGAUGAUGAAGAUGAACAGGAGAAUCCUCGUAGUCCUCGACCACCUCUUGUAGACGGAGCAGUAGAUACAAGUAAUACCACGUAUCAUCCAGAAGUGGACCUAACUUCACCCACUGCCUCAGACCUGCUUUUUUCCUCGCCACUGCAUUUUAGUUUUACCCGUCAAGCAGCUGAGCCUGAGCUUUUCGAAACAACAGAAGAGGAGUUCUUCCAGUCGAAUCAAGAUUAAGGGUACAAGAUCAAACAAUCCAUCUUCACUGUCAUCUUGGUCCCGUUUUUAAAGGGAAAAGGAGACCCAAGAUGCCGCUGGGGAUGGAUCUCUAUGUAUUAGGUCUAACAAGAGCCGGAACCUGAUGCACCUGCACAAGCACAACAUCCUUCUGAGGAAGAGCAACCUGAUGCACCUGCACAAGCACAACAUCCUUCUCAGGAUCAAGAAAGGCAUGGAAUGACUAUUACGGCACUCGUCCUCGGAGAACUAGAAGAUACAAGCUGAACAACAAGCUCAAAAUUCUUUCUUCUUACAAUUUCUUUAGCGAGAACGUCAUCAUAAGUACCUGAUGCAACAACGCGUGCAGUCAUCUUGAUUCUACAGUCUGCCACAACAAUUCCGGGCUGUAAUAAUUAUUACAGCACGGAGUCAUUUGAUAUUGAUUUCCUGAGCAUUUACUACAUUGACAACUACGGGUUGCAGCAUAAUCUCAAGCUCAACAACCUAAGUAGUUGAAAAGUAGUUCCAUGCAGGUUAAGUACUAGAAAUUGAACUUGCAGCCCUCAUCGAGUCCACUGUUGUCCCUCUAAGAUAGUAAGCGUCAUCGCACCACACGGGCAACAGGACGCACCUGCUGCUAUCGCGAAAGCAAGUAGCGAUAAAGCUUCUGCUGCACCGCUUGUUCCGCAUGCUCCUCGAUUGCUGGGCGUCCCUGGCUUACUGCCAUCAUUUGGUCUUAAGGCACGUUUUUGUUUUUCAUCGCAUUUUAGUUAGACAUAGUUAGACUACUGAGAUCUGGAUGUGUGAGCGAGGAUCCUAACACGGAGCCUAAAAACACCUCACACAACUAACACACUAAGAAGAGCCUACAUUUCAUUAUUUAUCAUCAACAGAUAUUCAUACUACAGUUCGUUUACCUCGUUUACAACGAUAAAAGAUCCCUAAAUAAUUGGUCCUCCUAUUCUCGCUAAUAACUGUAACUUGGGAACAACUACAUCAAGGAGCGGACCAGAAACAUUCUCGCUAGCCACUCCACGUGGGGACAGUGACAAUGAACAGGAACCUAUGGGAUACGUGGAGCCGCACUACGGAAUCGCCACUCCAAGACUCUACCCCGCAGACGGUAGUAGUUCGCUUAUGGCGAUAGUUUGUUAAUACAUAUCUUAGUUUCCUUUUUCGCAGACUUAGCAGUCGCUCUGUCGUUGCGUGGACAUGAACUGGCCCGAGGACAAGUAUAAAGGGACAGCUAGGACAUCCGCAACAGUCUUAUACUAUCUUCGCAACGAAUACGAAGCAAUACUGCAGGAGACAGACGAACAGCCUAAGUAUCUCAGUGCUGAUUAUGACCGCAUCGACAAGUACUUCGAUUGAUGCCGAGGGAAACAUGUACUCAUUUGUUUUUUACUUCUAAUUUUGCCAUGCCCAUGGAAUUGCAAGAGGAAGAGCGGCUUGGCAGUAUCCCUCCAGAGCUCCGAGUUUCACCCGAGAAUAUCACCCUGGCAGCACGUGAGGAUGGCAGUGGUAUCUAAAAGUAAUGCUAAUGACUCUUCGCUCCAAAUACUAGAUGUUGAUUAUGAUUUCAAACUUCUUCUUGUUACAAUCUAGAUUCUCAACAGCAUGUACUCCUAGCGCCUCAGCAACUACAAGGUCAGCAUGCUACGAUGCCCUCCGGCGAGCCAGCUGAGCGUCAUCAGAUCGCUGAUGCUUCCAGUUUAGAGGAAUUAGACGAAAAGCUGCGCGCCCUUGCAUUAGCACGUGGUCGUGGGAGGUCUCUUUCGCCAGCACCCAGGCCAGGCCCUCAACUUCCGUCCGAUCGCAGUCCCUCCGUCAUCUCCGUUACAAACGAUACUCUUGUGGCUACGGGAGGUGAAGUGAUUUCAACUGAUGAUAGAACACCAGCAAGGGGUCCGGCACAAGAAGAUGACGACGAGGUGUUGCUAAGUAAUACUCUCACUUCGUCAAAUGAGUUACAGGGACGUGAACGCACAGGUUCAACCGACGACGAUGAGAUGAUGAGCAUCGCUAAAUGGCGGGGCUUACGUUAAGACUAGAAAUGGUUCAUCUAUUUGAGGGCAUCCCUGAAAAGUAUGCCUGAGUAUUCUCAUCGUGAUACAGUUCAGGGAUGGAGGGCAAAGGGGAACAAUAUCGGAAAGCCCUAAUUCUGGCGCCAAGUGCAUUCCUCACCUUCGUCGCCCUCCGCGUCCAGCCGAUGGCCUGGGGCUGCAGGGUUCUACUCGUCUGAGGAACAGGUAGCGUUUCAUCCAGCCCGUUUCGGACGCGCAGCGUCGGCACCAGAAGUCUCCUCCACGUCUGGACAUUUGAACAGAGAUCAUACAGAUGAGCAGGAGGUGCUGUCUGAGAGUCCUCGUAGUUCAAACAAAGCUGACUUGUUGAUGCAAACAGAGGGUAGUACUUCUACUCCACGACAUCGUAAGCAGCCAGCUGCGCUGGACGUCUCGCUUGGGUAACUACCUACACCUACUACUUGAUCCUGAUCAUCAGAUGAGGUGAUUUAGAUUUUUUUGCAACAAAGUUUUGCUGUCUGAUUAUCUCAUAACGAAGUUCAAGCUGCUUUUAAUGAUGCUAAAAGUAGUAAAAAUACAAUGAUGUGACUUGGAGUAAAAAAUACACUGACUUUCCGAUUUUGAAGUCCUCCAACAGGAUCAUCAACAACAUCACUCAGGUCCUUGCUAUCUGGCUCGCAGGAAGGUGGCGCGACGACUCCUCGUCAUUGCUUUCCAGCUACGCCGGAUGACCAAACCGACGUCCCAGAAAAAGCUGAUGAGGGUUAUCAGAUCCAAAAUUCUCCCUUGAUGAGCGGGAUCGACCGAUCCUGUGGCUCUCCUUCGACUUCGGCAGUAGACCAACAACAGCUCAGUGGAGGUUCGCCUCAACAAUUAUGGCUAGCGGUAGCGCGGUUGUUUAUUGUGUGACCUCCAUCUCACGGCCAUCGUGAUGUAUUCGUACUCUGUAGUAUAUCUUCAAACUCAUCUGGAAAGAGCAAAUGAAUAUGAAGAUGACUUCAUCAAGAUCAAGGAUGCAAGUACGACUUCUAUGUCUAUAAAAUACGACUUAGUGCCUCGUCCAUCAUCAUCUAACUCAGCAGCAAUACCACGCCAAUCCCAACAUGUCUCCGAUGGCAAACAUGAACAUGCAAGAUUACAGCAGCGAGCACCCUCCGCUGGUGUUUCAGGCCGUUCCUGUAGCUGUGUUGCCGGUCGAGUUCAACGCAUCAACGUGGGGAGUAGAUCCGAGCACUGGAAUGAUGGUAGCUGCUGGGCUUGGCACGAACUAUACUGGAGCUGCUGUUAUGUCACCAUGGAUUGGCAAUCCUGCGAACUACAGUGCAUUCCAGCAAAUGUUUGCAGGAACCACUAUGUUUGGAGGCCCGCAGAUGAUGAGUGAUCAACAAGAGCAUGAAAACAGCAGCGGGCGUCACAACCUUCACCUACAAGAAGACGAGCACUAUGAUGGUCUGCAUGUUGGCGAAGAGGAUGAUGAACAGCAAGGCCAUCAUCAUCAAGCAGGAGAUGAGCAUGAAGAUGUUGUCCAUCAAGGUUCUCGUAACGAAGGGUUCUCCACCCUUCCCAUUUCCCCUUCAUCCACUUGCAGUCCUCCUGGGAGUGCUUGUUUCCGGAAUGCCCGUAGUCCGUACGGCUGGCCUUCUCUUGCGUCCUCCUCUACUUUAAGGCUCUCCCUAAUCGAUCUUCUUUUUCGGAAGCAUUGAUUGUAUGUUUGUAGAGAUGUUUUCAAAGGAAAAAUAGUCGCAGGAUCGACUUACGUGGAGAUGUAUUGGGGUGGGCUCUAAGUACUGCAGCCAAAAAACUACGUGGUCGAAGUAGCCAAGAGGAUGCGGCGUGGCGCGGACCUCAGUUGGCGACGCCUUGGGAAGUUAAUUGUGCACAAACAGUCAGCGGCAAGUGGCGCCAGUAUGCGCGUCAACGAUCCCUGUCAAGACGCAGCGUCAGGAAUGUAGGUGGGGCUUGUGCUUCUGGUGGUCAACAUGAGGUAGGAGGUGAUGAACAUGAUGAAAGCUACCACAGUACAGGGGAAAAUCCUCGCAAAAUUUUUUUGAGUCAACAUUUGAGAACCAGUCCAAGGAGUGGAAGUUCUCCAUCCACCUCCGGUAGCAGUUGUGCAGCAGGCUCUCCUCCAGCUACAGCUACGUCCUCCCAUUCCACCUCUCACGUGGGAGUGGGUCCUCUUGGCAAGUGGGACUGUUCUGCAAGGUUGACGAAGCAACCUUCGACGUCUUCUGAUGUUGUCCCUGCGUCCACGGCAUCCCUGAAAGAUCAUAUUCUGUUGUCGAUUCCUACUGCUAGUUCUAGUACAACUGGAGGAGGCAGUUCUGCAUCUACGGGAGCGGCAGUACAUUUGGGAGGUGGAGGCCAAGAGGGACACGAAGGCUACUUCGGAGCUUCAGGGGGACUCAGAAACGCUCAUGCUUCUAGCUCCUUCUGUCCUCCAGUAUCUCCACGAACUCAAGCCCACAUGAAUGUCCACUACAUCCCGGAGGAUAGUAAGACUCACAUGCUAGACAACUUGGAGAGAGCUUUGAUGGAGAAAGGACGUGCUGAGGAGAAUAUGAUGAAAGGUGGGACUGGCACUGGGAAGAAAAGAGAGGAAAAACAGCUAGUAGAUCUUCAAGAUGUCAAUGAAGUGUCAAGAACAUCACCUUCAACUUCUACGGUCAAAAACAAGAGGGACAAGAAGGGCGGCAAAACCAGGCCUCCUUUUCGACGUGGUGCGACCAGUGAUCUGUCGUCGUCACCACAAGCUGAUUUUCAAAAAAACGCUGAUGAAGCUGAAGAAGGUGACGAGAAGAAGACGAAUUCUGUAAAUGAGCCACCGGAGGAAGUGAAGGAGGAGAGAGACGCUCCUCCUCCUGUUGAGGACGUACUAGAGGAGCACGCGAAAGACGACCACACAAAUAAAGAACCAGCGGAAGGCGUGAACGACGACCACGCAAACAAAGAACCACCUGUUACCUCCACUCCAUGUGGCACGUCAACCAUUGCCAAUGAAGAUGCACGAACACCUCCCCAAACUCCCCUAGAGGAAGUGGCGCCUCUUCUUUUUCAAGACGGUUCUUGUGGUCAAGGAAAUGAAGGAGCACUGUUGAUGGAUCGCGAGGCUGCUGCGGCUGCGGAGGAAGAGGCCAAACGCGAAAUGGAAGAGGCUUGUCGUGCUAUGAAAAGACUGGGGAUCAAGGUAGACUGGGGAGAAGAUCGGGUGGAAGUAGAAGCUGAACACGAACGCAAAGAUGCACAUGCAGUAGACGUAGACCACGAGGAAGAACAGCAACAUGUUCAUCAAUCAUGUCAAAAAGUGGAGGAAAGAGAUGAUGAUGUGCAGAUUUUUGCUGGUGUAGCCGAAGACUCACCAGAGACGGAAAUGCGAUCUCUAAGGGAGCAAAUCCAAAUGCCACCAGUCGUGUCUUCCACACUCUGGUGUCCUCCUUGUGGAGCAACUGCCACCUCUGCUGUUCCGUCCUCCUCUACGCACUCAGUUGAGCAGUCAGAUGAAGCUGCCUCGACUGAGGCUGCCCAAGCUACUGCUUCUGCGUGUGCCGAAGAAGUCGUCCUAGCUGUUUUCAGGGAAGCUUUUCCAUCCUGUACGUUUUUUCCCACAAAGGAUUGGGCGGGCGACGAUGAAGCGCCGCCGCCAGCGGAAGCUCCGCCAGAGCCGGACUUCGUCGAGGAGGAAAAGCAGGAGGAAAGCAAUGAAUAUGAAGAGAACAAUGAAUAUGAAGAGAUGAAGAAUAUUGCUAGAACUUCUUGUACAAAUAUUGAACAACUACAUGGACAACAUCCAGAUCAACAAGAUGAACACGGAGCUGAUGAAGUCGUCUUACCACCUUGUACUUCCACCUCCUCUCCGUCUCAACAGUCCUCCACGAUGAGCAAAUCAACAGCUGCCCUCAACAAGUCGCAGAAAAGAAAUCUGAGGCGUCGAAAUUCGAAUAGGAACAAUUUCGCUUCCACACUAGGUGGUGAUGUUGAAGCUGAUGUAGGAACUCCUGCCUCGACUUCUCCCGAACAAAUUCUUGAGCCUAGCAUAGGUGGUUCGAGCUCUACUGCAGGUAGUGCGACAAGUCCUUUGGUCCUUGAAAGUCCCGCUUCUACUGUGGCUGGAGAAGGAGGAGACAGUGUUGGAGGUACGCCGUCCGCGAUUUCCCAAAGCAAGAAGAAAAAGUUGUACGGCAGGAAUAAAGGCAAGUCAAUGGAAAACCUAGAUCAAGUAGAAUCUUCGAAGGAACAUGUAGUUGUAAAACUAAAAACCUCCAAGGACCAGGCUCAAACUUCUCAAGCAACCAAAACGACUAGUGGCCGUGUUCGUGGUUCUUGCAGUCGCCGCAUCCCUUGUUGUCGCACGCCUGCCGCAGCUGCUCUCUCAACGAUUUGCGCGGUCGCUGGAGCAGCUCUACUUGCUCGCAACUCCGCAGCUCCCUCACUCUGCUCUCGUGGACGUCCUCAAUCCUCUUUGUUUUAUCUUAUGGCUGAAAAUAUCUAUGUAUAUCACUUUUGGUUUUAUUUAUUUGAUACUGCUUGUCGUGGUUGUGCUUGUAUGUUAGUUAAUACUUCUUAAUAACGAGGACUGAAGUUGAAGUUGUAUUAAAUUAAGAAAUUCUAAUUCAUCCUGGCUGAUCCAUCAGAUGAUGAGUCGUAGGCGAGUCGUACAUGAGGAGGAGGUAAAUGUCUUUCUAUGUGCGAUCAUAGCUCUAAUUACUCUGACCAAGAAGACGCCGACGACUAUCCAGAAAGUUCUUCAAAUUGGGCCUCUUGGGCAUCGAGAACAAUGGCGGAUGUCGAUGUGCAGUCGUAUUUGAGUCCUAUGAGUGACUUCUUCCGCGAGCAUGUCGAAUACCUACGAGAAAACUGCUAUGUUGCGCCGCCCUCAUCUCUUCUUCCUUCUCCCUAUUUGGAGCGAGCUUCUUCUGCCUGUGCCAGUUCUGCUGGGUUGUCCUGGUUUGGUAAUGGUCAAGCUUCUCAUUCUCAUCCUCGAGGAACAUCUCCUAGAGGACCUAGUGCUGUGGUGAAGAAAAACGCGACUACACGAAAUGUUUGGCCUGAUGUAGCACCACGCAAAGAUAUCAAAACAACUUCUACUUACAGCAACAUGUUGGUCACAAAUACGGUCGAAAACGAUCUGCCUGUUGUUCCUCUCUUCAGUCGUGGAACUGCCGUAGCCGUUGAAGAUCUUGCUUUCGUCCCAUCUGCUCUUGCUUCUAGUGAAAUCCCCAAGCUUGGCGUCAUGCCUUCCAUACGGCCAUUGGACACCAUCAAGUUGAAAAACAUCAAGGGUACGACAGGCUACUUGACACCCGAGGUCGUGCCAGAGAUUCGACUUCGUCCCAUGCUGGGAAGUCAAAUGACAGGCACUAUUGGAAGGCAUACGCAUACUCCAGCAGUCGAGGGUAACGAAAACGUCUUGCAGAUCAAAAAGUUGGCAUCUUUACCAUCGAUUAUUACAGUUGAUCAGACGAAAUCUUCAUCAAAAUCAAGCUCAGAAGUAAUAACUUCUUCUCAAGAAUCUCCAUCAGAGCCGUCUUCAUCCUCUUACCUUCGUCUCUCGUCGUCUACAGGACAGAAUGUACUAGCCGCAUUGCGAAACAUCGCCUCUUCAGGUGCAUCAAAACUACAGAUUAAUCGACUGCCACCGAUCCAGGUUCAAAAUCCUCCACCAACGCUUGCUACCGCUGGCACACCUAGUGCGGCUGCAUCUGGUGAAGCAGGUACAGGAGGAGCAGAAACAAGACGACGUGGUAUUUUUCGUUUGCAAGCACGACAAGAUCAAGAGACGAAGGGUUCUCGAGAGGCUCAACAUAUCGAGGAAUCACAACAAGUUCACGUACAACCACGACAUGAAGACUUUCAAGAUGAAGUAAACGAUUCUCAGAUGAACCGAGUAGAAGUUGUAUCACAGCCGAUGGACGUUGACGAGCAAGCACAAGAGCAACAACGUGAAACUGUAACUACAAACGAGCGCCAUGGACAUGAAUUAGAUGACGAACAACAAGCGGUAGGGGUAGCGGACUUCAAAGAUAAUCUUCUGGAAGAGGAGGAAGACGAUCAUCAGGAUAGAGAAGGACCACGUGGACGGGCCUCAAUAGGCUUGUUAGGUGGUAUUGGCGCUAUGAUUGCUCAUAGGGUACUUGCAGGCGGUGGAGGAGACUACGACCUGAUGUAGAACAGGUUUUUUGCUAUUUAUCGUGCCUGACAAAAAACUAGAACACAUACGGACAAGGUGAUUCUUCUUGCCAUUUAAGAAGUACAUUUUUUGAUCUUCUGAAUUUAUUCCAAGACCAACACACGCAUUUGCACUACAGUCCGAAGACAUAUAUGAUUUAUAUAAAUAAAAGAUGCUCGUUGAUGUAGUUGAUGUUGUUGGAGUAGUUAGAUUUACACACAUAAAAGACGAGGACGAGAUGUUCUGCACGUUGCUACAUGAUUGCUCUGCUUGCGAAACAUGGAAAACUUGAGAAUACAGCCAAACAGCACUACGAAAUACUUAGAAAGAUUAGGUAUUAGCGGUCUUCGUUAAUCAUGAUUAUGAGCACGUUUUUAUUGUUUACAUAAAAGGAGUACUUGUACUACCACUAGAUGAACAAGAUGUAGUUCAACUUCUACAAAGGUAAGUUUGAAAGAUAGGAAAAUUGAGGAUGUACUAGCUGGUAGGUCUAGGUUUAUGAUCAUACAUAGCUCCUGUUUGCCAAAUCAAGAAUUGAGAAAGUAACCACUUAGUGCACCUGUAAUUUCUGGUAGCUUGUUGUGUUUAGUCAUGUCUUGCUCAGUUCUUGUUAUGUACCUUGAUUUCCUUCCCGCUCUGUGUCUGCUUGCCUUGUGAUCAUAAAAUUAAAUACUUACCCCUUAACCCGCCCCCACGAGAACAUAAUCUUACUUUCUGCCUCUUUUACUGUGAGCGUGUUGACUCAUCGGGAGAACGCUUCUACCAGUGUCUGUUGUUUGAAGCAGCUCCUAUAGGGGUACUAGAAAAUCAUGAGACAGAGCUGAUGAAAUAAACAAGAGUAGAAUAUAGCCAAAGAUAUUGAGAACAUAAUAUAUCCUUGACCUCGAUGUACUUGUAAUUUUGAAAUAGCAAUCCUGAGCACCAGUUAGCAGUUGUAUCAUGUUGAAGCUCACGCUGAAUGAAACGACAUAAGUUGCGACAAAUGCGGUAACUACAUCGUCAACACAGAUUCAACUGGAGCAGGUCAACAUGCUCGUUCUUCUUGAUAAUUCUUCUGGUCUUUCUUGACGUAAAUUGUGCAUAUCACAGUCAGCUUCGGCAACCGCUUUUCUUAU